GAUCUUGUCAAAAUGUCAGAUAACAUUCAUGACGUAAUAAUAAUUGGAGCAGGGAUAAGUGGUACGUCUGCGGCCAAACUACUACACGAAGAAGGACUUGAUGUGCUAUUGUUAGAAGCAAGAGACAGAGUUGGCGGUAGAACAUAUACUGCAAGGGCUCCAUCAUUCAAGUAUGUUGAUUUGGGCGGUUCAUAUAUUGGUCCAACUCAGAACAGAGUUCUGCGAUUGGCAAAAGAUCUUGGUGUUGACACCUACAGAGUGAAUGUAAAAGAGAGAACAAUAUUUCAAGCUGGAGGUCCAAGUACGAAAUACGUAUUCCAAGGGAGUAUUCCUAACUUCUAUAACCCAUUUGUUGUCAUGGACAUAAACAACGUAUGUAAAGUAAUGGAUGAAUGUGCAGCAAUGGUGCCUCCUGCUGCACCAUGGGAUUGUCCGAAAGCUGCAGAGUGGGACAAAAUGACUGUCAAGGAAUGGAUUGAUAAAAUCUGCUGGACAAAGACGGCAAAAGAGUGGACCAUAAUUCUGACACGUCUAUUAUAUGCAGCUGAACCGGAGGAGAUAUCUCUUCUCUAUUUCUUUUGGUAUACCCAGUCAGGAAAAGGAAUCAUGAGGUUAGCUAGCACAGAUAAUGGAGGCCAGGAAAGAAAGUUCAUUGGCGGCAGUCAAACCAUAUCUGAGAAGAUAAUAGAACGUAUUGGCAAAGACAAAAUAAAGUUUAACAGCCCUGUGGUGAGAGUUGAACAAAAUACUGACGAUGACGUCAUCAUAAUAACAACAGCAAGUGGUGAACAAUUUAAGACAAAACACGCCAUCAGUGCUGUUACUCCAUGUUUACUUGGUAGGAUGACAUUUGACCCACCACUGCCACCAAAGAAAAUCCAGUUUAUUCAGCGUGUACCAAUGGGCUCGGCUGUCAAGUCGCAUUUGUAUUAUAAAAGAACAUUCUGGAGGGAGAAAAACUUCAAUGGAAUGGCAGUCACAGGUGGAUUAGUAGCCAUAGCUCUUGAUGAUACAAAACCAGAUGGUUCAUGCCCAUGUAUCAUCGGACUAAUUGUAGGUGAACCUGCACGGAUAAUGACUACCUGGACCAAAGAAGAAAGAAAAAAGAGACUCGCAGAAUUCUACGCAGAAAUUUUCGAAUCGGAUGAAGCUAAUCAUCCGAUAGAAUACAUAGAUAACGACUGGUUGAGUGAGGAAUAUUCAGGUGGAUGCUAUGUUGGAGUAAUGCCUCCCGGUGUUCUUACAUCUUUUGGAAGUGUUAUACGUACUCCACAUGGCUGUGUUCACUUUGCUGGUACGGAGACAGCAACGGAGUGGGCUGGGUACAUGGAAGGUGCUGUACAGUCUGGCGAACGGGCUGCACGGGAGAUCAUGUAUGCGAUGGGCAAGAUAAAAGAGAGCGAAAUCUGGCAAUCUGAACCCGAGUCAUUGGAUGUCCCUGCUUUGCCAUUCGAGGAAUCUUUGAUAGAGAAGCACAUACCAUCUAUCCCUGGAUUUCUCCGUUUUCUGUCACUGUCUACGUUAAUCGUUGCUGGGGCUGCUAUCUUAAUGAGAAAUCGAAGUAUUAUUGAACAG